CGUCGCAAAACGGGAGCGUUGGAGACGAAUGCUGUCGUUUAGUAUUCUAUUUACAGCUACAGAAAAUGUAUGAGCUUGCCUAUUAUAAUUACGCAUUUUUAACGUGAGGCAAUUUAUUUAAUUUCCAGUGUGUCUUUUUAAGUCUAAUGCAGUCAAGAAGUUUGUUAUCAAAGAAUAAAGUAGUUCAUGGCGAUGCAGCCCUAGAGUCAUGGGUGCCCAACCAUUCAGCGUGGGAAAAGCUGAAUGCGCUGGAUUGCGGGGAAAGCGCUGCCGACCGCAUCAUCGGUGGCACCAACGCUGCUCUGGGCCAGUUCCCCUGGAUCGUGCGCCUUGGAUACGUGUUUCCAUACGACACGGAAACAGAUUGGAUGUGCGGUGGAGCUCUUGUAACUGAUCGCCACGUGGUCACAGCUGCCCACUGCAUACCAACCCCCGAUGAUGAAUAUACUCUCAAGUACAUUCGGCUGGGCGAGCACGAUACUCGCACUGAUCCGGACUGCGAGCUUAGCGUGUGCGCGCCGCCUGUGCAGGACCGAGAGAUCAAGAAUAUUUCUAAGCAUCCUGACUUCAACCAACCCCCGUUCCAUAACGACAUGGCUAUUAUAGAACUGGAUACCCCUGCGAACUUAAAUGAUUACGUGACCCCAAUAUGUUUGCCCCAGAAAGGGGACCAGCUAAAUGGCGUUCAUGUGGGCGAGCUGGUCUCCGCAGCCGGCUGGGGCAAGAUGAACAUGACCACGGAGGAGAGAGCUGAUGUCUUACAAGUCGUUGCGCUACCCAUUGUUGAGCCAGACAUGUGUGAUUUGUUCGGACAAGAGUUCAAGGUGUCUAAGUCCGAGAUAUGCGCAGGCGCCCAGUACAACAAGGACGCUUGUGGCGGUGAUUCUGGAGGUCCUCUCAUGAAGGUCUUCGAUACAUCAGAUGGACCCAAAAACUUUUUAGUUGGUGUGGUGUCAUUUGGACCAACAGUUUGUGGGAUCAGAAAACCUGGUGUUUACUCUUCAGUGGUGCACUUCCUCAAAUGGAUCUUAGAUAAUAUUGAUUAGUGGAUUAAGUAACUUAUGUACUAAAUAUUAUUAUGUAAUUAAUAUUUCGAUGAAAUUGGCAUGAAAAAGCACCUAGCUAUGUGAUAGUUUUGUGUUAUUUCCU